CCGAAUCUUGUGACUGACGAGUCCUGUUGUUGGCAAUCCAACUCACAAAUGGCUAUCCAGUCAACAUGCCCAAACCUUUUAACCAUCAUGCAGGCCCAAUAGAUUCUCUUGGAUGCCAACGAUGAUCACGUGAUCAGCGCUCCCACUCAUGUACCGAGACAUGUAGAAUUUGUGUCGUCGGAAUACCCUUUCGGUGUGGAUACCGGUACCAUAAUGACCACAGAAAGAUUGCAUGAUUUCCCUGAUUCUUCAAACCUCUUCGCCAGAGUCGGAUUAGAAAGGUUGCAACCAAAAUAAAAGUGAGCUCACAAUAUCAGAUUUGGUUUCCAAAAAAGCAAAGCAAACAAAAGCUCUAAACAUGAAACUCUUCUGGCUGGGAUUGCUGGCCAUUGUGCCGCUGGCGGUGGCAACAACUGUUGAUGAAGUCGUCAUGAAACCGACCGAAAGCGAGGAGGCAAUGAUGGAGUCAUUGGAGGAAGCUGUUGAUGCCGUUGAAGCGGCGGAGGGAAAAGAUGAGGAUACGGUGAAGAAUGAAACCGAGAAGCCCGUUCUUAUCUGGAAGGACCCCAUCCCAGCGACUGACAACUAUACGCAGUUGCUAGCUGGCAUUGAAGAUUUGCGGGCUAUUGUUCAGCCCGACUACGCCAAGGACAUAGCAGUCAAGAGCUCCCAGACGAUUCUCGAGACCGUCGAGAACUUCGAUGGUACUGUCCAGAAGUUGGUUCAUAUCAUCAACGACUUGGAAUCUCGCGGAGGAAUCCCAGAAGUUAUGAUCCCGGUUGUCAAUUUCGUCAAAAUGCAAUUGGAAGACGCCGCUACACAAGCAAAUGACGUAAUCUUGGAACUGUCUGACUCUAUUGAGGCGUUGCAGAUCUCGGACGGAAUGAAGGACAGAGCCCAUCGUUCUUCGGUAGAUGACGGCCGUGAUACCGGUGCGCAGGAGGGAAGCCAUGUUGUAGCCCAAGUUUCCGUGAAUUCGAAAGGCAAGCAGCACUAUCAAACAGGCGGCGACCGUGGUGGCGACGAACGGAACCGUCAAAGCAAGAACAGUCACCAUCAUCACUACGAAAAGCUCCGAACUCAUCCCAAGAUGCGCCAGCAUCUUGAAAUGCAUGAUGCGAUGAUGUCUGGAGACUUUGAGUUUGUCCACCGGACCAUGGAGCGAAUUCAGAGGCAACAUGAGACGUCUGAACAGAGCGAACGAAGGCUUAGUCAGAGUGUGUCCAAAGAGUGCAGGAAGCUGGUCGCCUGUAUUGAAGAGUGGUCACUGUACGACGUAGUGGCUUGGUUCUACGGACCAUACGUUGACGAACAAGGAAAACUGGAAGACAACGUCGUGGUUGCUGAUGCAAAGGGUGAUGAGGGAAUCGAAAACGUAAUCAAGAACGUACAGAAGAAGCUCAAGGAAGCAAAAUCGAAGUAUGCGGAGGACAAAUGCGAAAGUCUUUUGCACGAAUUCCAUGUUAACGAGAACAAGGAUGACUUUGCAAUUUAUCACGGGGCAACAGUGAGCAAAGUUUGCCGAGCUCAGGGAAGCACGAAGUAUAUCCAGAUCAGUGAGAUCCGGGACAAGAUUGGUGGAGCUGUUGCUGACAACUUGUUCGACGAUCUCGUCAAGUGCGCAUCGAAUUUAGGGGAUUCAACAUUCUUCGAUGGCAAUACACCACGCAUUCCCACCAGCGUUUCCCAAGAUCGACACGGAGCCACCAAAUCUAUCACUGUCGAGAGUCACUUUAGCUAUCAAGCAACCAGCCCGGUGAGUGGGGCAACCAGGGGAAGAUAUCGUCUGUCGUACGAUCAAAUUAGACGAAGAAGCGCAACUUGUAUUGGCUUGAUCAACGAGGAGUACGCCAAGAUGUACAAGAAGCACGAAACUGCCAUCUUCAAACAUUCGGGGAAAAAAAUCGAAUACCCAAGACUUCAAAUCAAGGUGUCUCCAGUGAUGCGCAGGGUGUACAUAGGCAUCGGAGACUCUUCAAGCAACCCCAGGCAAAUUUGCGAGAUAACCAGUACCCGGUGGGAAGAGUGUCCACACAGAGAGGGUUUGCGCAUCAAUAGUGGUGAGGUCUUCGAAAAAUGCGGCUCUGGAAUUGAGUCAUUCGAUGUGAACGGUCUGUUCUCCGGCUUUGGGAAGGGCGAUCGAGACAAGGCUUCAAGACUUGCCUUGGGAGAACAGAUGAGUGUUGGUAUGGUGUGCGCAUACUCUGAAAAGGCGAAAUCAAAUCGAGACAGAAAGGCGAAGAAGGUCCCAGGUUGGUGCUGCAUCGAUUCCCCGGCCGAUAGCGGCAGCUUUGGAAAGGAGUACAUGUGUGAUCAAGGAGAGAGGGCUUGUAAAAGGACAGCCCCGGCGUUGGCAGGACUCAGUCAAUCCGCGUGUGACCCAUGGAGUGGCAAAUGGUGUCCUUACCCUAGAUCUUGCAGAGACUUGAUUAACUGCGUCAAGGGCGAAGUAAACUGGGCAAAACAGAAAAAGAAGACGGCGUAUUCCAGCUAUCUGAAGGCUGCUCCAGAGGUCAAGGACAAAUAUAGCCUCGCAGAAUGCGGAGAUCUCCGAGAAUACUUCGGUUUCAAAGCAGACUACCCCUUGGACGACGAAAUCUGCGAAGACAUCACGUUCUUGAGAACGAACAGAAACUUUGACAACCUCGAAGACAAUUUUGGAAGCGGAAGUGUUGAUAAAUCCGGCGAUGGUCCUCCUCCAAAGCAGGAAUUGAUUGAGCCCGAAGAGCCGGAAACGACGGAGGAAAUGUACGAGGCAUUUGACACGGCCCUCAUGGCCAUGGAGAUCACUCUUUACGGUCUCGAAUCCGCCGAAAAGAUUUCCGGGUAUUUCGAAUGUCCAAGUGAUCAAAUGGGCCUCUCUGCCAACAUUUGCAUGGGUAUCAAGAAUGCUUUGACUAUUGCUUCUGUACAGGGUGUUGCUGCUUUAGAGACGGUUAUGGAGACGGUGGAGGAGAACAUCCCAGCCGUGAGCAAUCACGAACAGUUCCAAAUCUAUCACAACGUAGACAUUUUGUACAAGAACAUGCAGAUCAUGAACGAUGGCAUUGGUAAUAUUCGUGUCGAUAUCCACAAUCUCAAGCAGGAAAAGAGACACCUUGUGGAACACGGGAAUUCCUAUGCCAAGUUCUCCGGAUGCGAUGGACUUGACCAGGACUUGGAUGGAAUCAGUGACAACUGCGAGGAGGACUUUUCGCCUCCAGAACUCGUCAUCCCCCCUGGCACUGAAAUCGAAUCCAUUGUCUCGGUGACAGGCACAGCCACUGCUCAUUCUGUUCCCGACAAGAUCUUCCAGAGCGGCGAAGCCGCCAAGAGCUAUCUUGAGCGUGUGCUUCGCGUGGCUGACGAUUGCGCACCAGAAUCUGCCUUGUCCUUGAACCUGACGCUUGUGAAUGAUACACGUGAAUGCGGAAGCAUUGUUCGUGCCGCACCUAUCCAUUAUUGCGACAAACAAGUCAAUUUUGGGAUUGAAAAGAACUUUCAUGUGCAAGUCGACUCCAGUCCUCCGGCGGUAUUGUGUGGAUUUGACUCGCCUCAUACCUUGGAUGAUGACAAGACAGUAAUGAUUCUGGAAGAGGCCGAUGAGGGCUCCCUCUUGGUAGACACGGGCUUUUUCUACAACAUCUCGGAAUCCUGCUCGAAUCAGGUCAAUGUUGACGUGUCAGUUCACAGCAACGAGUUUUAUGCCGCAGGAGGAGGGUCUCUCAUGGCCAAGGCUGCCGUAAUGCAUGCUGGGAAUGUUUCCCUCGCCAAGGUCUUUGUGUCGCCAUUGUCGUGUCAGCAACAUAGCCAGAGUCAGUUCCAAUGCGGCGGCGUCUGUGUUGGAAGUGGCGGUCGCUCGUAUGAAAUUCGCGUGUCCGCCACGGACGAGGCGGGAUGGACGUCUCAAGAGAUUUGUCGCGUCGUGGUGGUGCCCCGCAACGCUGCGUCGAGCGGUUUCCGUGCCUUGGCUAAUGAGCAGCAGUUUGGCAAGGAUACCCCCACGUACGAAAUCGACCGCGUUGCCUUGACGUGGACGAACAAUUGAAGUAAGGAGCAUUAGGUUAGGAUGAUGAUGAUGAUUGUGCGAUUGACGCGAGCUGGUUCAGGAACGUUUGCAAAGCCGAUGGGAUUCUUGGAGAUGCCAAGAUCAGCAGAACAGCACAUCACGAAAUAAAUACAUUAGUAGCAGAUACAUACAUCUUUCCUUUGCCAA